GGACAAACAAUUAGUUCUCUCGCUCGGGAUUUUUCUUUACCCUAAUGCUUGGCGAGGAGGCGGCGGCGCAUGGCAGCGAAUUUCUGGACGUCGUCUCACUGCAAGAGGCUGCUUGAGCAGGAGGAGAUUUCAGUGGUUUCUAACGACGAUCGCGACCGUGGCCUCACGCAGGAGGAUGUGAAGAUCAUCAAGAUCUACUUCUCUUCUUACAUAAAGAAAUUGGCACAGCGUGCAAAAGUUCGCCAACGUGUUGUGGCGACAGCGAUCGCAUAUUUCCGACGGGUUUACACCAGGAAAAGCUUUUCAGAGUAUGAUCCUCGGCUUGUGGCACCGACAUGCCUGUACCUCGCUUCAAAAGCCGAAGAGAGUACCGUUCAAGCCAAGCUUCUCAUAUUCUACAUGAAACAAAUCGGGUCAGAUGAGAAUGGCUUUCGCUACGACAUCAAAGACAUCCUGGAAAUGGAAAUGAAGCUCCUGGAGGCGCUAGAUUACUACUUAGUUAUCUAUCAUCCUUACAGGCCGCUUGUCCAGCUGCUGCGAGACGCUGGCCUGUCGGACAUGAUCGAGAUGUGCUGGUCCAUAGUGAACGAUUCGUAUGGAACCGAUCUCAUACUGAUGCAUCCACCGUACAUGAUCGCUCUGGCGUGCAUCUACAUCUCGUGCGUGAUCAACGAGCGGGACAAUCGCCUCUGGUUCGAGGAGUCGAGGGUGGACAUGACCGUGAUCAAGAACAUAGCAAUGCAAAUAUUUGACUUCUACGAUAACUAUAGGCUUGGGUUUGAGGACCGAAUUGGCGCAAUCUUACUCAAGCUUUCCCAGAAAUCAUAACUAUAUAAACGUUUGAUUGGUUUAAACGUAAGUCUUUAUA